AUUCAGACCAACUUCCGGAUUCUUAUAUUUGAGAAUUAAAGAUACGAUGUAUCAAAGUGGAGCGAAAAGGCCUUUAGGGCUUAGUGAAAGUAAUAUUUUUAAAAUUUUUAUUCUUUCAUUUGUAUCCAAAUGUGAUUAUUUAGCAUAUUUCAAUUAUUAUAUUUUGACUUAACAUAAUCUAUAGAUAAAAUAUGUUUUCUAAAUGUGUCACUGCCGUAGUUGCGUCGCAAUCAAAAUGGCGGAUUACUUGCCACUUGGUUUCAGCAUGACACUUUAUACAAUAUUGAUAAUUGGGCACUCCUCAGAACAGCGGUCCCAAAUUAAAAUAUAACGUUUCUCGAAAUAUUAAUUUUAAAAAUCAUUUUUACCUCAUGGAACGUCAUUAAAAUUAUUUUUAAUAGUAAAAUAGCAUCUUUUUGUUGUAAAACAACAAUGACUCAAUGACAAAUUUUACAAAAUCAAAAACAUUAAAUUUUAAAGAAUCUUUUGUCUUUUAUGGUGACAUUGUGGUAAAUUGAGGAGAACUCUUCUGACUACGUUAUAAUUUAUGAUAUAAAAAUUGCCCCAUUGGAUGCAUCUAGAUUAAAAUAAAUACGAAGUGUCUACACGUCCGGCGCGCCGGACGUGUAGUGCGCAAGAUACACGUCCGGCGACUUGUCACGUGACCGCCGGACAUGGCCGGACGGCUAGUAGUUUUUAAAAUUCCAAACGAAGUACGGUUUUGUACAUCUUGUGUGGUCUUGUGCUAGAGUGGUUGCUUGACGAUAGGAAGGUUUGAGGAUCUAUACCAGGAAUGCGGUUGUUUUUUUUUUCUUCCCAUUUUAAUUAAAAAUAUUUUAUAUAUAUUUUUAUUAUCAUGUUCCUCAGCAACGGUAGUUUCAUGAGAAUUUUUUUUAAAUGUUGUAGCAAUUGAAACAAUUUAAAAUGAAAUCUUUUACUUUUAUUGGUUGCGUACUCCACACUGGCCCCUAAUUUAUUUUAUGGAUUACUGGUAUACAAAUUCAAAUAACAAACUAAACAAAAAUGUUUACAAGCCACUUUCACUUAAGUUUUUUUUUUCUAUUAUUUGCAUUCAAGAUACUCAGUACAUUACUUGGUAGAGAAAUAGAUUUUAAAAUUAACAAUAGUUUUGAAUUAUUCGCAGUCACGUGACAAGGCUGACCAACAAGAUAUCUCUCGCGCUUUGUUACGGCGGUCAUGUGACUUGGUCGCCGGACAAAUAGUGCGGGAGAUAGACGUCCGGCGCGUGUAGACACUGCCUUUAUUUUAUUACUUUAAAUUGACUUUAAUUAUGUCUAUGUGUCCGAUAUUUCUUUCUUAACAAAUGGUGGGUUUACAAUUUUAAAUAUUUAGGUCUCACAUAUUUUAGGUAUCUUUUAUUGGUUUAUUAUUGUGUAAUAAAGGUCUUGUAAAAUUGGGUAUUCACAAAUAUUGUUUUUAGGUAAUUUAAGAGAGAGCGGCCCGCAUCUAUUUCCAUGGCCGCCAUCUUGGUUGCCUCGACUCGCGCACUUUUAUGUGUUCACGGGUCGAGGCAACCAAGAUGGCGGCCAUGGAAAAAUAAAAAAAUUCACAUUUGCUAAAAUUUGGAAGAAAUCGUUUAAAAUGUAUGAAAAAAUUGUCUUAAAUCGAUCCCUAUGCCUAACCUGAACCCUAAAUCUAUCCCUAUGCCUAACCCUAAAUCUAUCCCUAUGCCUAACCCUAACCUUAAAUCUAUCCCUAUGCCUAACCCUAAAUCUAUCCCUAUGCCUAACCCUAAAUCGAUCCCUAAACCUAACCUGAACCAUAAAAACUAGCCGUAAAUCCACGAGUCACAAGUAAAAACACGUGGAAUUUCACUCUUUGGCAAGAGAACUAUAAAAAUUAACAAAAAACAAUAAAAAGGGGCCCCAAACAAUUAUAAAAUAAAGAAAUAAUGAAAAUCCAACUUACAGAUUCAUGAAAUACACUUUUACACACUUUAUUUCAGGUUCCAACGAAAAUAUAGUCACAAAAUGAAUAAAUCUCCACACCCCACAGGAACCCCAAAGAUAUCAAAUAUGGCGGAACAAAAGAAAUAUGAUAAUGAGCCAACCAAUGAAAAUUUUAAAAUUAUAAUUAAUCAACCAAUUAAAUUUUAAUUCCGAAAAUGUAACUCUUUUAACAAAAAAUAAGAAAAAAUAAGGGGAGUGAAUCGAAAACAAAGUCGUCGUGGGCCGCUCAAUCUGAAAUAGCCUGUUUUUAAAUUAAUUCACAAAUAGUUUUUACAAUAAAUAAGACUUUAUUUAAUUUCUGAAAAUUCGGUUAAAGGCACCAGACACUAGUCUUUUUAAAAAUGUUUAAAUUUUUAAGACAGUUUAGUUGUUUUUAAUUUUUAAAAAAUAUAUGUAAUCUUUGUACUGUACACAUUUUGCUCCAGUAGUCCGUAGGGGGCACUUGACUUUCCCGGGGGGGGGGGGGUGGUGCCCCCCCCCCCCCCCCCUUCUGAGAUUUACCUGAAACAAACCCUGUCUGAAUCUGACCUAAUGGUCUAUUAUUUUUACAUUACUUCAACAGUCCGAAUAUUUAUUUAGGUCUGAGACUGGCAAAAAAUCUGGCCAUGCAUGGGCUAAAUAGACCAAAGCAACCAACUAACUUUGUAAAUAUAUGUUUUAUGAUAAAAUUGCACUUUAAAACCACCGAAAAUACAUGACAAAACAAUUUGGAAAACAAUAAAUAGAUGUUAAAGUAGCCACAGAAGUGUUUUAAUAUAGUUCCAUGAGGUAAAAAAAUGUGUUUAUUUCUGUAGAAAUAAUAAGGGAUUGCCGUUCUGAGGAGUGCCGAUAAUUGUAUACAUGUUACCACCGAUAUUUCAACCAGAUUAUUCGUCUUUUUAUUUUGGAUAGCAUAUUUGGCUACAAUCUUAUGCUAUUUCAUUUGCUCUCACACUGAAACUAAACUAGUUACUGUGAAGCUAAGUAUUUCAUUUCAGUAAGUAGUAAGGGAAGGGAGACUACUGACAAAAAUUUAUGGGCAUCGGCGCAGAGAAUCCAAGUUUUAAAUUUUUGGAUGUCUGUGCUUUUGCAUGAAUGAAAGGACUAUUUUGUCAUAAAAUUGUGAUUUCUUUCACUUGUUCUGAGUAAUGAUUAGGCAGUAAGGGACAUCUUGACCUACAUUCCAAUUAGUCUUUGCCUUUCUUGAUCGACCUUAAUUUUUGAAAUUCAUAGGUAAAUAAUAAUAAUAUUAGACAUGUUUCUUGAACAUUUUUUUUGAAAAAAUAAAAAGAUCAUGUAUUCAUAUUAAAUUCUGAUGAUCAUUAUAUAUUUAAUAUAAUAUCGAUGUAUAUGUAGGUACUUUAGUACAAAAACUGAUGUUACAGUUAUUUAGAGCAAAUUUCAAAUAAAAAUGGAACAAGAAUCAACUUUUUAUCUUAAGUACUUUUUGUGCUAUGAAUUUUAAAGUGUUCGUUUGGUAUUUUUUACGAUGGACGAAACCUUAAAUUCUUGUGACCUCAUUCUGCUGAUCACGUCAUGCGCAAUGACUAUAUAGUUUAUAUAAGACACCGCAUCCCCUUAUCACUAAAAUACUGUUUAGGGUCGACUUUCUUUAAACUUUCAACUUUGACACAUGAAUAAUUAAUUAAAGUUUUCCCAGACCAAUGGUUUAAUAGUUUUUGCACAUUCCAGUUUAAAUGUCUUCAAAAUGCAUUCGGAACACAAGUUAUCAAAUAUUUUGAUGUAAAUAGUGGUAAUAAUUAAAUAUUUCCUAAGCAUCAGCAUCUUCCUCCAUUAAAAAGGGGGCGUGGCAUACACUAUCCCGAAAUUAGGCUGAGCGACCUUAUGGUAAUGUGGGUCACUGGGACAAGCCUAACGAAUGUCGGACACGACCUACAUCAAUGAGAAUUGGCACACGUAUACUUCAAUAUCUAAUACUUUUCAAUUUUUAAGAUGAAAGAUCUUUUCUUUUUAUUUCACAAAAAAUUUUGUAUGCGAAGAUGCCUUAUAUAUACCAAAGAUUUUAAAACUAAAGGUUGAUUCAAAAACCAAAAUAGCUGGAUGGAAAUGUAGGCCAAAGUGAAAAGGGGGACAUGGAACUCGAUCAAAUUUCAAAAAGACGCAUUUAUGAAGUUGGAUUCUACUGCGCUGACGCCCAUUUCCAAUACAAAUUUUGAAGUAGUCUCCCUUGCUUUACCUAAGUAUCUAAUAUAUGUGUGCCAAUUCCUUAUUAUGCUUGUCCCGGUAAGUUGAGUAACCUGGGAUUAUCACAAGGUUUCUCACCCCAAUUUUUUAGUAGUCUCCCUUGCUUUAUCGAAGGAGCUAAAUACUAGGUCCUGUGACAAAAUUUGAAAAUAAAGUUACAGCUUUAAGACCUAGUUAUUUAGACAAGAAUUGAUACCAAAUUUAUGGUUGUAUGUAAAUUCUAAAGAAAGUUCUGAUUUUUUUGUGUGAAUUAUUUUAGGAUAAUGAAAAAAUUUAGACAUAGAAAAUAUGUAACUUAAAAGUGACUAAAAUAAAAACUGGGCAUAGACUUUUUGAAAGCUGCCACUCCUUGAUCGCAUGCUUUUACUUAUUUUCACGCUUUAAUAAACAAUGGUAUCCAAGGAGGAAAUUUAGAUUAUACCCAUGUGCCACUCAGCACUGUUUUGAAGCUUUAAUAAAAUUGUUGGAAAGGGGGGGGGGGUGAAUUGUCCAUUCUUGUGGAUAAUUGGAUGCUUUAAAAAGUGAAAAUUGUAGAUGAUUGAGCACAUACGAGCAAUUAUUUAAAACUAACCAAUGUUCAACUUGACAUAUUUUUACAAAAGCAUAAUUUAUUUUGUUAAACAUUGUAUUGUAAAUGUUUCCUCCAAAUUUGAUAGCUCUAACUUUAAUAGCCAAAAGGAUACAAGCAAACUAGUACAAAAUCAAAAAGAGUAAUAAUGCAAUCACAGUUUUAAAAGUUUAAUACAAAGCCGAGUAGUGAGGUAAAAUAAAUCACACAAAAAAAUUCAUAACUUUUCUCCUUUAAAUGAUAGAAAGAUUAUCUUGGUGUCACUGGAAAGCUUAAUUAAAGCUCUUUCCAAUGAUAUGCUCUUUGUCUGUGUCUGAUGUAUUUGAAAAUUUGAGUUGGAGUAUCUAAACACUGCAAUGAUUUGUAACUGGCAGAAAAUAGGAUUCAUUUAAGUACCUACCUUAAAAUUGAAUUAGUCAUGAAAAUAUUUUUGGUAAAUAGGCCUUGCAUUACCACAUGGCUACAGAGAUCUCAGACCAUAUGAAUUAUGGUAGACUUUACACUACAGAGAACUCUUCAUUGUUUAAGUUAAUAGAAAGGCAUCUCCACAAACAUGUUUAAGGCAGGGCUCACAGUAAACGCUUGCCUAAAGUGCUGAAUAAUCCAAAUUUAUAGAGAACUCUUCAUUGAGUAAACGGAAACGCACUCUCCUUAUACAUAUUGAUAAAUGGCAAGGCCAAGACACAGAGUAAAUCAUGGUGAACGCUUAGGACAUUCAAGGAUCAUCGCAAUUUAAAGACAAAGUUCUCAGUUCUGAGACCUUCUCAGUUUGACGUUUAUCUCUCCUUGUAGGCCUAUUAAAAGAAAAUUUAUUCACACCUUUGUUUUCCCAGCAGUAAGUUUUUUGUAGGCCUAAGAUUUCCUUGUGUAAAUUUUUGUGUAUUACUUUUUUUUUCUUUAGAUGGUCCUGAUGGCUGGAAUAGUGGUGAAGAACAAAGCAAUAGUGGUGAUGGCCUUAGUUUAUCUGAUCGUAAGAAAAAAAGACGAAGUCGUUGGAACACUGAGGAAGAAAAGAUUGUAAUACCCGGAAUGCCCACUGUUAUUCCUUCCAAUUUAUCAGAAUUACAGCAGAGGCAAUAUGUUGGUAUGUUAAUUUAUGGUCUUUUGAUUCAAUUUAGUUAUGUUUCACCAGCAUAAAAGUGUAGAAUUUGUUUUAAUAUACAUUCUAUGCCACUGUGAUUCUACCCGCAUUACAAUUAAUGAUUGAAAUGUGUUAUUUAUGCAGCAGUAAACAAGUCAGUUUAGUUUUUAGACUAAAUUCUAUUUAUUGAUAAUAUUAAUUGAUAUGUAUGUUUUGUCCUGCUUUGUUACAUUAAAAUUUCAGUUCCAUGAACAAUAUAACUUUUUUUUUAUCCAUUAUUAAGCUCUUGUGUAUUACAAAUGCUGUAUUUUGAGUUAUUUCAGAAAUUAAUUUUCACGAAAUUUAUAAUAUUGAUAUCUUUUGUAUAUGACUAUAUAUUUAUACAUACAAAUGGUAAUUUUUAUAGAAUAAGAAUGGUAUAAACAGAAGUUCUAGGUUAUUUAUGUACUGAAUAUGAUUCAUAUGAUCAACAUUUUAAAUGUUGCCCUCUGAUGUUGUUUUUAACAUUGCUAUGCUACGGUAUAAUGUUGGCUUUUGUUAACCCCUUUUAUUGCAGUUCACCUUCAAAUUGAGGAAAUAACCCGUAAGCUGAGAACAGGAGAUCUUGGAAUUCCUGCUAAUCCUGAGCAAAGGUUUGCUUGGUUAAAAAAAAAAAAUCCCCUCUUUGGUUACAUGUCGAGAUCAAAAUGGGACCUCCCCCCAAAAAAACAAAUGAUUAACCCAAACCGCUGCUCAAUUUAUAGGACAGACACGACUCUCAGCUACGGUCAGACUUGGAAUGUAACUGUGAAGCUCUUUUGCAGCUUUAAUCCUACCAUCCACUUCAGAAAAGGAUAUCUAUGCUGCUUUGAAACAAAACCAAAAAAAAAAAAAAAAACAGUUUGAAAAUUGUAUUCACUAUUUUACAAAUAUCUUUCCUCACUUAAACGUUGAACCACUUCAGAAAAGGAUAUCUAUGCUGCUUUGAAACAAAACCAAAAAAAAAAAAAAAAAACAGUUUGAAAAUUGUAUUCACUAUUUUACAAAUAUCUUUCCUCACUUAAACGUUGAAAAGCACUAAGAUAUCCUUAAUCACAGCAUAAUAAAGGUAACAACAGUUGUAAUUUCUGUGACUCAUUUGCUCAUCAACAAAAUCCAGCAACAGGUCCACCACUUCAGGUGCUUGGUGUAUUGCAGUAACCUUUGGGUUUUUUUUUCAGCUAGGACGAAAAGAUAAUUAUACAAAUAUUCUAUUUGCUGACUUAGGGCAGUCAAAUAAAGCACUAAUACAUUUACAUUUUAACUUGAUCUUAUGUAGAGUAAGUGUUUUCUCAUAACAUUUUUUUUAAUAAGCCUAACAACCUUGCACAUUAAGUCUUGGUUAAUUUUUUACACCUUUUAGAUAUAUAUGAUUUUAGGAAGCAUCUUAAAACCCAGUUUAAAAACGUGAAAGGCCGUUUAAACAAGAAUUUCAAAUAGUUUGAGGAAAUAUUUUGCGAUUUGUAUGGUUUUGUGGGAGGUUUUCUUUCUUUGAAUGCCAAGAUUUCGGGUUCAUGACUCUCAUCAUUGAUUCUUAGCUAGUGGUUUAUAAUAUUAUAUUCUGGUGUAUUUUUUGUGAUUGUUUUUAUAUAAAAUGUCUGAUAAUAAUCAAAAUGAACCUUACAACUAAUUAUGUGCAGAAAAAAGGUGUUGGCAAGGUGUCACGCAAAGGAUAAUGGCAUUAUUAAGUUUGUGAAACUAAUGAACAAAGUCUAAUUUUGAUGCUAAUUUAUCUUUCUUUGCUAAUCACCUUACAGGUUAGGUCAUUUUUUUAGGAAGAGGAAACAGCCGGUCAUAUUACACUUAUUCAAAUAUGUGCAGCCUAGUUGUAGAAAUAUUUUUCUUCCUAAUUUUUUAAAUAUUUUUUUUUUGUCGUCUAUUUUAAUCUUAAUUUCCUGACCAAAUUUAUGCCGUAAUCUUCAUCACCAAAUUCCUUUUUCUAACCAGAGAAUAUUUUAAUUAAUUAAUUGUUUUACAGAAUUACAUAGAAAAAAAAAAUGCAAAUUAAAAAAUCCUAUCAAAUCUGCCAUUAACUUUUUAAGCGGUAAAAGUUUAAAAAUUUCAAGGCUAUUGUGAAAGGCUUCAAUAAAUAGAUGCUUUAUUGAUUUUGUUUUAGAUCACCUUCUCCAGAACCUAUCUACAACAAUGAGGGAAAGAGGUUGAACACUCGUGAAUAUCGAACACGAAAGAAGCUGGAAGAAGAACGCCACAAACUUAUUCAAGAAGCAGUUAAGCUGAAUCCUGAGUUUAAACCACCUAGUGAUUACAAGUAUGUGUUUAGUUAAGUCUACAAUGAAAUCCUAAAUGGUGUUAAAUAUUUCUAUCUGUAAAUGUUUGCAAAAUGUUGCUGUUCUAAGCGCUGUCCCUUUCUUUGCAGACCACCAGUAAUACGAGUUAGUGAUAAAGUAAUGAUACCUCAAGAAGAGCAUCCCGAUAUAAACUUUGUUGGAUUGCUAAUUGGACCGAGAGGAAACACAUUAAAAACUUUAGAGAAAGAUGUAAAUAUUAUUAUAAGUAUUAGAAUAAUAUAAUCUUUUUUUAAAAUAUAUUAUUUUACUGGUCUUGAGACCCAAGUCUUGAGUUUGCUUAAAACUAAGUUACUUUCUUUGGGAAUGCUUGUUGGAACCCAUAUGUUUCCUUUCAGACCGGAGCAAAGAUUAUAAUCAGAGGCAAGGGAUCGGUAAAGGAUGGCAAAAUUGGACGUAAAGAUGGCCAGCCAUUGCCAGGAGAAGACGAACCUCUGCAUGCUUAUGUCACGGCUAACAAUCCUGAAAAUGUCAAGAAGGCUGUUGAAAAAGUAACUUAUUUCUUAACUGUUUUUGAAGCUUGUGCAGCAUGUGACUUCAUUCUACAUAAAAAAAAAUAAACCACACCUAAUAUUAUUAAUUUUUUUUUUUAAUUUGCAAGCAAUUUUAAAAAAAAAAUAAUUUAAAAUCUUUUGUUACAUGCAAUUUAUUUUAAUGAGAUUGUAAAUAUGUACAUUUAGAUCAAAGACAUAAUCAAACAAGGCAUUGAAGUCCCAGAGGGUCAGAAUGACCUUAGAAGACAGCAGCUGAGAGAGUUGGCUUUGCUAAAUGGUACUCUGAGGGAAAAUGAUGGUUUGGCGUAAGUUAUUUAAUGUACCUUAGAUUCCUCAUUAUUCGUAAGCCUUAUAUAAUGAAUUUGACAUCAUUUUAGGGCUCUACUGCAUAAGUCAGAUAUUAUAUGUUUUAAAUGUAUUGACCCGAUAAAUAUUUCAGGCAAAUAGUGAAAUACUGAGUAAUUUUUUAAACCAAAAUAUAUCUACUUUAACAUGUCAUGAUGGCCUGGCGUAAGUUAUUUAACGUAACUUAACAAUAUUCUUUAUAUAACGAAUUAGAUAUUAUUAGAACUCUACUGACUAAAUGCAUUUGGCCUGGUAAAUAGUUCAAGAAACUAGUGAAAUACUGAGGAAUUUUUUAAAACCAAAAUAUGGCGACUGUAAAAUGUCAUAAGCAGAUCUACCUCAAAAAUUUUUUGGUCUGAUUUAGCAGUGUUUUCAUAGUCUCUUGGCAUUAAUUUCAUCCAAGUUAUGAAUAAAUCUCUUUAUAUCCCUUAAAAAAUGCAAUUUUUAUUUGAUUUAAAUCAAUGGUUAUGUUCUAAAUAUAGUUUUGAAUCCUUCAGCACACAUUAAAAAACAAUUAAUGCCACUAUCAUACUUGUCAAAACAUUUAAUUGAAUUUUGAUUAAUGAAUAAAAUGUAUGCCAAUAGUUGCCUAGCACAAAGUACUACAUGAUGUCAAUUAUUAUUUAAUUCAUAUUCAUGUUCCAGAUCUUUGUUAAUGUACAUAAAGCCAAUAUAGAUAUUCCUUGCUCUUUCUGUAGAGUCUUGAUUUUAAAUGUUUUAAAUGGUUAGAUAGCAUUGUAAAUAAGUUAAAAAACAUCAUAUUUCACACUUGUAGGAAAUUGCGCCAGAUUGCAGAGAGUCAGACUAUUGUUACCAACACAAUUAUCUGUACAGUUUGUGGUGGGACUGGACACAUUGCCCAAGAUUGUAAACAAAAGAGGUAGGUUGCAAUUUAUGAUUGGCUCAUGAUUUAGAACACAGGUUUUUGUGAUUUCAAAGCUAUAACUGCUGGCUCAGUGUCUAAAUGUCUUAUUAUCCACAAAAAUUUAAUUACUUGUGACUUUUCAUUUGAUUUUUUUCUCUUGAAAGGCCAGGGGAUACAUUCCGCAUGCAACAGAUGCAGAACCCUGCAGAGAGGGCCAAAAUGGACAGUGAGGUAAACAUAGCGAUUAAUUUUUUACAAUUCUUUUAUACAUAUUUACAGUAGCAAAAAUACUAGAAAAAAUAUUUUUAACGUUAUUAAUAAUUGCAAAUAUGAAACAUAAAUAUCAUCAUACGUCUGAAAAAAAAUAAUUAUAUGAAUAUAUCUCAAAUUAGUACAUGUCCUUGAUGGCUGAGCUCGGAGAAGGUCCACCACCACCAAAAUCAGAGGCUUCCAACCCUAAUCAGCCAAAUUUUGGUCGACCACUAUUGGCAAAUCCACCUCCAAAUCCAAUGGUAAGUAGAUAUUAAAGUUUUAAUAGCCUGAAGUUUUCUUAACAACAGAACUGUGAAUAUUGGCUUACUUUGUUUAUUGCAACCUGUACAUGUAUGUAUUUAGUAUUCUUUAUUCUACUAUUUAAUCCAAAAUUCUGUUAAAUAAUUCAUACUAAAGAGAUGUCAAAAUUUUGCUGUUCUGAACACAUUCCCUCAUAUAUUUUCUUUGCAGACCACCAGUUACCUUAUAGAACACUUUUUUAAUGCUUCAUUUUGUUAAAUAUAACCAAAGAAGCAAUGAUUUGACUAUUUAGGAAAUAAAAGAAUUUAUUACCAUUGGGGUGGUGUCAAGUUUAAUUAAAGUUGUUUUACAAUUUUAUUUACAUAUACCUCGUAACAAAUAAGUACCCAAUAUAUAAACUUUUUAUUAACACUUAUAAAUGAAUUUUUCUAAUUGCAUUAAAAUAGGCCAUGAAUUCUCCAUGGCAAAUGAACAGACCACCAAUGGGUCCUGGAAACUCUGCCCCAUUGCUCAAUAGACCACCUAUGGGAAUGCAACAGAAUUCACCGCAAAUAAACCCACUUGGUCGCCUGCCAGUACCACUUAUGUCUACUCCAUUGCAACCACCCCCUGGUAUGCAGGCUCCUCCGGGACUAUUGCCACCUCCAGCUGGCCAACAGCAGCAGCAGUCCAUGAUGGGUGGAAUGGGAAAUAUGCCACCAAUGCAACAACAGCAAAGCCAGAACAUGUUACGUCCCUGGCAACAGCAGCAAUCUCAGUCGAUGGGGCCUCAAGUAGGGCAACAACAGUCAAUGAUGUCUAUGAACAAUCAGAUGACACCGACUUCUGGUUCUUUAGGUAUAUAAAUAAGUAUUUUCUAGUUUUCACUUCAGUAAUAAAUAAUUGCUGAACAUUUUACCAUCCUUUUAUUAUUUUGAGACACUACAUGAAUGUUGCUUUUCUACAAUAUAUUUAUUUAUUUUUUUUAGCUAUGCCUCCACCACCUCCAUCUUUACUGGCUCCACCACCACCUCCACCCACGAGCAGUCAGAACCAAGUACAGUCCACACCUCCUUGGAUGCAACAAGCACAUGCAGGUAAGACACCUUUACUGACUCCACCACCGCCUCCGCCUCCUCCACCACCACCAGUGAGCAUAUCAUAUGAAUCGGCAUUCACAUCCAACCCAGUCAGUGCCCAGCAGCAGCAGCAGAAUAUUCUCAAGAUCCAAAGUCAGGCAAAGCAGAACAAUGGAGGAAUGGGGAACAUGUCAAAUCCAAAUUUAAUGAUGAAUAGGGCUGCCUCACAAAAUAUGAGCGGUCUUGGAGGUGCAUCUAGCCUUCUUGGCAAUGCAGCAAACAUGUCAAAUCAAAGAAACCAGAGUAUGAUGAACCAAAAUAAUUCAAUGAUGAACUCCCAAAAUAUGUUUCACCAGUCUGGCUCUAAUAAUUCCAACCAUCAAGGUCAGAUAAUGAAUAGAGGAAAUAAUCAAAAUAUGUUUCAUGGUUCAGCUCAGUCUCCUGUACAUGGUAACUCCCAGCAUGGGAUGCACUCUGGCAACAUGUUUCCCAAUCAGGCCAGCAGCACCCAAAUGAUGAAUAAGGGAAACAUGAUACAGGGGAUGAUGAACCAAAAUAAUCCACAAAAUAAUGCCAAUCAAGGCAACUACUCCAUGAAUCAAGGGCUUGGGCAUCCAAACAUGAAAAUGAAUCAGGGAAAUUUUCCUCAAAAUUCGGGGAUGAAUCAAGGGAACGUCUCUCAAAAUUCUUUGAAUCGCAAUGAUGUUGGAGAUGAUCAAAACAAUUCUCAUGUUAACAGAAACUCAAACAUGUGGAACUAAACAUUAAUUUCAAAUUAAAAUCAUUAUAAAUUUUAUUAAAACUGACUAUUUGACAUUGGCUAUAAGGGCUGAGUGUCAUGUAUAAUGUUUGACUUCUGCUACUAAAGAAUGCAUUGUGUUAGCUUUCCCCUGUUUUUUCAGAGCAUUUAAUUGUAACUUCAUGCUAUUUAGAUGAAUUAUAAAGAUAGAUUUAAUCCGCUAUCUUAUCAAAGUCUUAGUUUAAAUUUCUAUGAUUGAUGAAGACCCUGAAAGUUCCUAUUUUAAUUGAUGGGCUUUGAAACCAACGAAUCUGACCCUAAUUGGAAGCAUACUUUAAAUAAUCUAGUAAAUUUUUCUACGCUUUUGUGAUCUAAAAUCUCUUUAAUAUUAGCUAGAAUAUAUUUUAAAGCAUGAAAGAAAAUGCCUUUUGGUAGCUAUUGGAAGUCAUUGAUUUUGGUUUGUCCACUACCUUUGUAUUUUUUAUUUCUGCGUAUUAUCAGUAUAUGAUUUUGAUGAUUGAUUACAAUUUUAUGAUGUUAAGUCCCCUACUUACACAGAUUUCAGUUAUUUUAUGCUGACUGUAUAGUCUAUUUUCUUCUUCUUAUUAUGAUUUUCAUUUUGUGUGGAC